AUGGGACCUGAAAAUGAUUGUGGUUGGAAGCCAAAAGUAGGAAUGACCUUUGAUUCGGAAGAAAGUGCGUACGAUUUUUAUAAUGCAUAUGGAGGAAGAAUGGGAUUUAGCAUAAGAAGGGAAUAUUGUAAGAAGAACAAGUUAACAAAACAAAUUAUUUCUAGAAAUUUGGUUUGCAACAAAGAGGGAUUUCGGAAGGUUGACAAGCGAGACCCAUUGACAAAAACCCCUAGAGCUGAAACUAGGACUGGUUGUGAGGCCCGACUUUUUGUUAAAUUGGAUGUCAAUAGUGGGAAAUUUGUUGUGAUUGAUUUCAAAGAAAACCACAACCAUGAACUUGUAUCUCUUGAUUGUGUCCAUAUGUUGUCAUCGCAAAGAAAGAUAUCAAAUACCCAAGCAAUUGAGUUAGACUUAGCCUCAGAGUCUGGUCUUCGUUUAGGGCAGUCUUUUGAACUGAUGGGUAAGGAAGCUGGAGGGAGGCAGUCUCUUGACAAUGAAGAGCAAAUAACGAACAUGUUUUGGGCCAAUGCACAAAUGGUCAUGGAUUAUGCCCAAUUUGGCGAUGUAGUUACAUUUGAUACUACCUACAAGUUAAAUAAAGACCAUAGGCCAUUUGCAUCUUUUGUGGGAUUUAAUCAUCAUAGAGAAACAGUUGUUUUUGGUGCUGCGUUGUUAUAUGAUGAGACUGCCGAAACAUUUGUAUGGUUAUUUCAAACUUUUUUAGAGGCUAUGUCAAAAAAGGCACCAAAAACUUUGUUUACCGAUCAAGAUGCUGCAAUGGCUAAGGCCAUACCCAUUGUCAUGCCUGACACGAGUCACCGUUUGUGCACUUGGCACUUGAUACAAAAUGCAUUAAGGCAUGGUAAUUGUCUCUUUCAAGAUAAGGGGGUGAAAGGUGUAUUAAAUAGAUUCAUGUUUGAUAUUAAGGAUGAAAAUGAAUGGGAAAUGAAGUGGGGGGAAAUGCUUGAUACAUAUGAUGCUCAUGACAAUCAUUGGGUACUUUGUGAGAAGCGGUACAAGGAGUUAGAAGCUGGAUAUGCUUUAUGCCAAAGGUUGCCAAGGGUGAGAGCGCCAUUCAUAAUGCUAAGUCAAAUGGGUAAUGUGUACACUAAAAAUAUUUUUGAGGAGUUUCAAGAUGAGUAUUUUCUUUCUAUUGAAUCAGACAUACAAGCAAUUGAAUACAUUGAUGGUUGUAGCCUAUACAUAGUUGUUGAUGCUAUUGGAAAAAAUGCAAGGAAUGUGAAAAUGGAGAUGGAUGGCUCUUUGGCUUGUAGUUGUUCAAAGUUUGAAAGGAAAGGGAUUUUGUGCAGUCACUGUUUGAAGGUUAUGAGAGAAAUAUUGAAGUUGAAAGAGAUUCCUUCACAAUACAUUAUGAAAGAGGUGGACCAAACAAGCAAGAGGAGAAGCUGUGACGGACAAGUUAGGGAAUGA